UUGAUGAAGAUGGAAAGAGCACGGUCUGCGGUUACAAAUUUUUUUGGCAGGGUCCCUCUCGCCUAUACUCGCUUCAGUUUGACGCCGCAGACAGAUGGAGAUGCAAGCCAAGUGGAAAUGAAACUGGCAGAUGAUGAGGAGUGUGGUGACACAACACUGGGUGAACCUGUCCUAAAACACAGACAGGGCAACAAUGGAAGCAGAAGCUUGUGUCUUAAAAUCCUGGCAGUCAUUCUGUUGUUCUUUAUUGGUUUUCUGAUUGGGUACUUAAGCAAUAGAGGGCGUGUUGCAGCUACACAGGAGCUCAAAGUCGAUGGUGCAACUACACUGGAGACCAAAGUAGAUGGUGCCAAUGAGGAAGAGAAUGCAGAGGAAUCUUAUACGCAAGACAGCCCUAGUGUCUUGUACUGGACUGAUCUGAAGCCUUUGUUGGAUAAAAGAAUUGAACUCCUUAAAUUUAAGACAAGCAUUCAAAAUCUGUGUGGUUCAACUCGUGAAGCUGGCUCUGUUAAUGAAGAAUCUUUAGCUGAAAUGAUGGAUAGUGAAUUUACGAAAAUGGGAUUGGACAAGGUGUGGAGUGAUGAGCAUUAUGUCACCUUACAAGAUAAAGGCAGCUCCAACAAAGUCCAGCUUUUUACAUCCGGCAAUCUAGAGACUACCUUUGAGCCAAGUUCAUACGUGGCGUACAGCCCUAAAGGUUCCAUUACCGGCAACCUUGUAUAUGGUCAAUAUGGUCGUCCAGAAGAUUUCAUCGCUUUGCAGUCUUCUAACAUUAAUGUGACUGGAGUAUUGGUUCUUUUACGCGCUGGACAAAUUGACUUUGCUGAAAAGGUUAGAAAUGCAGAACUUGCUAAAGCUGCUGGUGUCUUGAUCUACCCUGAACCCUCUGACUUCACCUUUCCUUUUGAAUCUAACUUAGACAUUGAGGCACCUUUUGGGCAUGCUCAUUAUGGCACUGGAGAUCCUUACACACCCGGCUUCCCAUCAUUUAAUCAUACGCAAUUCCCUCCAUCGAGAUCCUCUGGCCUGCCAGGAAUUCCAGUUCAGUCCCUUUCUAGCAAGGAUGGAAAGACUCUGAUUGGAAAACUGGACAGAAAGGACUGCCCAUCAGACUGGGAUGUUGGCUGCAGGCUUAAAGACCAGUAUACAGUUAAACUUGAAGUUGACAAUGUUUUGGCUCAAAAGAAGAUUCUCAAUGUGUUUGGUGUUAUCAAAGGGUUUGACGAUCCAGAUCGUUAUGUUGUAGUUGGUGCUCAGAGGGAUUCUUGGAGCACGGGUGUUGCUAAAUCAGUCGUUGGGUCAUCAAUUCUCUUGGAAGUUGCCCGUGUAAUAACACAAAUGGUUAAAGAAGAUCAGUAUAAACCCAGACGCAGUAUUGUGUUUGCAAGCUGGAGUGCUGGUGAUUUUGGAGCUGUUGGUGCCACUGAGUGGCUAGAGGGGUACCUUUCAACUCUGCAUCUGAAGACUAUAUCCUAUAUCAGCCUGGAUGGUGCUAUUCAAGGUGCUGGAUUGCUUCAAGUGUUUGGCAGUCCUCUAAUGUAUACCAUGAUCCUGAAAACUUUAAAGGAGGUUCCUGACCCUGUUGCGAAUAAAGACGCAACACUUUCUGCCAAAGUAAAAUCAAAGAAUUUAAUACAACCUUUAUCAAUGACUGAUUCAGCUUACCCCUUCCUUGCCUACUCUGGAAUUCCUUCAGUAUCAUUUAGCUUCACUAAGAACAACAAGCCUUAUGCUCAUCUUGGAACCACAAAAGAUACUUUUGAGAAUUUUCAAAAGCUGGUUGAUGUGGACAGCAUGUGCAGAGCUGUUGCAAAUCUUGCUACCCAAAUAAUCCUGCGCCUGACGCAUGACCACAAGCUGCCAUUGGACUAUGUUAAAUACAAAGAGGAGUUGCGUAAGAUUUCUAUCGAACUAAGUGCUAAAAGAGCUGAAAUAAAUAGUUUGAAUCUCACCUUGGAUUGGCUAAAUUCUGCUUCAGGUGACUUCAGCAGGGCAACUGCCACACUAAAGAAUAGCUUUGAUGCAUCAGAUCCUGAAAACAAGCCCUUCCUUCGCUUGCUUAAUGACCGUGUUAUGAAGGUUGAGCACUCAUUGCUUUCCCCCUAUGUCUCCCCAAAAGACAGUCCAUUUCGGCAUAUACUGUACGGCUAUGGUAAUCACACAGUUCAAGCGCUAAAGGAUCACCUAAGUCUGAUUGAUGAAACCCGGUUUGACAAAGAUGUCUUUAAAAACCAGUUGGCUCUUUUGACUUGGACUGUCCAGGGGGCUGCAAAUGCACUUGCUGGAGAAAUUUGGGAGAUAUAUAAUGAGUUCUAAGGUGGAUUAUGCAAGUGAUCUGUGGGCAUAACAUAUGAGACUUUUUUUUUUUUUUUUGCAUUGUGCACACUUCCCAGGUGUAUGCCUGUUGCUUUUAGUUUCCUGUAGAGCACCCAUGAA